AUGUCAAGCCCACCAUGGGAUUACAUUGCGAAACUCGUCUGUAUCGGUGACUCUGGCACAGGUAAAUCAAGUCUCACCGUCCGUCUCUGCGAGGGCCGCUUUAGCACCACCCACGAUGUGACUAUCGGGGUAGAGUUCGGCUCGAGGAUAGUUCCUGUUGGCCCGCCAGCGUCAGACGAGAUAGGGAUCAAUUUCGACAACACCUCGCUAGCAUCAACUCCCUCUGCCCUCACACCCUCGGCGUCUUUUACAGGCACCAUCAACAGCCAAACCAUCAAUACUAAGAAUGGGAAAUUUGCCAGCGACAAAUCCGUUCCGCCAUCCCCACGAAGCCUCUCGGGGCUCCCUCCGCCUCCCACCAAGCCGUCGGAGCCACCAGUCCAGAAACGGAUGAAGCUCUCGCUCUGGGACACAGCAGGGCAGGAAACAUAUAAAUCCAUCACAAGGUCUUAUUUCCGCGGUGCAUCCGGCGCCCUGCUAGUAUUCGACAUUACUCGGCCCCCGACAUUUGCUUCCCUGACUCAAUGGCUUCAGGACCUGCGACAGAUAGCCGAAGAGCGAAUCGUCGUUAUACUGGUCGGCAAUAAGAGUGAUCUCGUCGACUCAAAGGGCAAAGAAAAGGACGUCGAUAACCCCGACAGUGCCAAUACCGAUAGUGGUGAUAAUAAGGCACAACGCGUCACUCGCGAAGAGGCCGAGGAAUGGUGCAGACAGAAUAACGUCGUCAGAUACGUCGAGACGAGCGCCAAAUCAGGCGAGAACGUCGAACGAGCGUUCCGAGAAGUAGCUGAGCGAAUAUACAGAAAUAUACAGCGUAAUAAAUACGAUUUAAAUGACCGGCGGAGCGGAGUCAAGGGGUACGGUGCCUCAGCUGGGCCCGGCAACGGACGUGUACCGCGGACAGUCAAUCUGGGCGUCAACGAUGCCAUGCGGAGAGGCAACCGUGGAUGGACUGGCGGGUGCUGUUGA